AUGAUCUAUCCCAUCCAAAGGUUCUUCGGCGCUGCCCUCGCGGUCUGCCUGGUGCCCGUGGCGGGGCAGUGCGAGAGCGUGAGCUGUGAGCGGCAACCGCCGCAGCGCUCCAAAGGUGCCAGCACUGCCAGUGCUGCCAGGUCCAUUUUGUUGCUCCAGAGAAGCACCGCAUGGAGGUCUUUGGGAUGGAGGGGCUCCAAUUCAAGCCAUAGCGCUUGGGAUGGUUGCUCCAGAACGCCUUGCUCCGCCAGGGCCGGAGGACACCUGAACUCCUCCGGUGCCGAACGGCCAAGCUUGAAGAUCUUCAAGAGGUGGGAGUCUGUCCCACCGGAGAGGACUGUGCGAAAGCGGCGAACAACUCUAGUGCAGUCACUUCAAGAAGUCUUCCAGUCCGAGAAUGCGUCACAGCCGAUUGGCGAGCCCCUGAGUGAACAGGAUGUCGACCAGAUGGAUGUGGACUACAGCAGCGAGGAGGAUCAGAAGAGGUGGAGCAAGCUCCUUCCAUUGGAGCUUCAUCUAGCAGGUGUGACCUUGGCGAAGGUCUUGGAUGACUACGCAGAUGAGAAGUCUUCAGGGGAGCUCCUGGGGCCUUCCGGCGUCCGGUCCCUGGCGUCCUUGCUGCUGCUCUUUCGCCAGGAGCUUGCGCAGGCCUGCAAGGUCCAUCGGAAGAAGAUCCUCAUGAACGCCAUCUUUGGGCGCUUUCUGCGAGCAAGCUCCAGCUCCAUCUUGAAGUCGACCAGUGGUAUCUAUCCAAUCGAUGCUGGACGUGCGAGCUUAGUGAGCACCGUGGUGCCCUUUAACGAGCGACUGGGAGAAGAGGUGGUGGUGCGCUUCUUCGUGCAGCCGCGCGGCGAUGGUGAUGACUUCGAAUCCUUGGUGAACUCGCUGCAAGACCAGCUGAGCGAUAGCAACAGCACUCUGAUGAAAGGAAACCUUUCCGCGCUGUUGAAGCACGCGUCGCUGACCACGGGCUAUCAGGACGUCUCGGGCUUCACAACCAUCCCAAUGGAGCGCCGUUUGGCGCAGACACAGCUGGACGUGGCUCGAAGGGAGCUGCAAGAGAAGGAAGAGGAACUGAGGAACGAGCAGGACGUCCUGGCGCAACGUCGCCAAGCCGCACGACGCUCCGUGGAGGUCCUCAAAGGCAAGCUGAAGGCGCUGUGGUGGGCCUUGGAGCGCUGA